CUCCUCCCGCCGAGCACGCCCACAGCGAGCGGCGCUCCGGCUCCGCCAGCCCGGGCUGCACAGAUGGGACCAUGAGCGCCCUUCCCCGUGAGCUCCCGGCCUUUGUGCUCGGGAGGAAGAGGAGGGAGAGGCGGCCCGAGGCGCCGGCAGCGCAGCCCCGCAGCCCCUGAGCCCCCCGGGACGAUGCUCGCCUGCCUGGCCAGGGGCAAUCUGCUGGACAUCCUCCAGGAGGGCUUCACCGAGCACCAGCUGCAGGCCUACGUGGCCUGGGUGAACUCCCAGCUGAAGAAGAAGCCGGCGGUGAGGCCCGUGCGGGACCUGCGGCAGGACCUGCGGGAUGGGGUCACCCUGGCCCUGCUCAUCGAGAUUGUCGCUGGUGAGAAGCUGAGUGGCAUCGAGCUCAACCCCAGCAGCCAGCAGGAGAUGAGGGAAAAUGUGGAGAAAGUCUUACAGUUCGUGGCCUCCAAAAAGAUCCGCAUGCACCAGACGUCAGCUAAAGAUAUCGUCGAGGGCAACUUGAAAUCCACCAUGCGGCUGAUCCUGGCCUUGGCUGCUCACUUCAAGCCGGGCUCUGGCAGAGCUGGCAGCCCCGGCUCGGGGGGCAGGGGCUGGGCAGCCCCCCCGGGCAGCCUCCGGCCGCGCUCGGCCGCCGCCGUGGCGCAGGGAGCCGUGGCCGCGCUGGCCGAGGUCCGGCAGGACGUCCAGCAGUCCGGCCGGGACCUGUUCAGGCACAGACACAGGAACAGCAGCAUGGACGAGGAGAUUGAGAAUCCCUGCUGGAGCGUGCGGGCGCUGGUGCAGCAGUACGAGGGCCAGCAGCACCCUGCCAGCCUGACUUCACCCAGCCCUGUCCACAGUGCAAAGAGCGAAUCCACCGUAGCCCCCUCGGAGGAGAAGGAGAGGCUUGUGAUCCUCCAGGCUGAAGAAACAGAGCCUAAACCAGAAGAGGCCGAGGCUCGGCUCCAGCCCGAGUGGCAGGCAGGGAGCUCGGGGUCCUACCUGGAGAACUCAUGGGAGGAGCAGCUCCUGGAGCAGCAGGACCACCUGGAAAAGGAAAUGGAGGAGGCGAAAAAGAUGAUUUCGGGUUUGCAGGCUUUGUUGCUCAAUGGGUCUUUACCUGAGGAUGAGCAGGAAGGGUCCUUUGAACUUUCUGAGCGUGGAGCCUGCCCUGAGGAGCAGCUGAUCAUCAUCCGAAGCCGUCUGGACCAGAGCGUGGAAGAAAAUCAAGAUCUGAAGAAGGAGCUGCUGAAAUACAAACAAGAAGCUCGGAACCUCCAGGGAAUAAAGGACGCUCUGCAGCAGAGGCUGCUCCAGCAGGAUGCUUCAGUCCUGCAGCUCAAGCAGGAGCUGCUGAGAGCCAACAUGGACAAGGAGGAGCUGCACAACCAGAACGUUGACCUCCAGAGGAAGGUUGAAGAGAGGAACCGGCUCCUGGCAGAGUACAAAAAGGAGCUGUGCCAGAAGGAUCGGCACUUGCAGCAGCAGCAGACCAAGCUGGAUGAGAUGCUCAGGCAGCUUUCCGAGGCCAGCUACCAGCAGGUGGAUUUGGAGCGGGAGCUGGAGCACAAGGAGGCCCUGCUGGCUCACUGCAUGAAGAGAGAAGCUGAGGAGGUGAUGGCUUUCAGCAGUCACAGUGCCCAGAGCAAUGGCUUCCUCCAGCCAGCAGGAAAAGGAGCUGCUCCCGCAGCCCACCGCGGGACCAGUGACCUGCAGCUGGUCCGGGACGCUCUCCGCAGCCUGAGGAACAGCUUCAGCGGCCACGACCCGCAGCACCACACCAUCGACAGCCUGGAGCAGGGCAUCUCCAGCCUCAUGGAGCGCCUGCACCGCAUGGAGACCCAGAAGAGGCAGGAGAGGAGGGUGCGGGGGAAAUCACCAGCAAGCAGAGCAACCAACGAGUGCAGAGACUCCUGGCCUCCCAAAUCCAAGCUGCCUCACUCUCAGAGCACGCCCGUGAUGAGCACCAGUGCCUGCACCAAAGUGUUGUACUUCACCGACCGCUCCCUCACCCCCUUCAUGGUCAGCAUACCAAAGAGGUUAGGGGAAGUGACUCUGAAGGAUUUCAAGGCAGCCAUCGAUCGGGAAGGAACCCAUCGGUACCACUUCAAAGCCCUGGACCCAGAGUUUGGCACCGUGAAGGAGGAGGUGUUCCAUGAUGACGACAUCAUUCCUGGCUGGGAGGGGAAAAUCGUGGCCUGGGUGGAAGAAGACCACGGGGAGAAUUAAUGGAGCUUUCAAGCCCUGUUUCUAUGGAAACCUGUGACUGUCUGCAGAGCUCAGAGAGUGACCACGGAGCCCCAGUGCUGGGAGGAGGCCAAUUCAAGCUGCCAAAAAACAGCCUCUGUGCCAGCCACGGGUGGUGCAGGCUGUGUGCAUGGACAGCUGGCACCUGACUGCCCGUGCCCGAGGGCAGCUGCUGUCCCGAGGCUGCAGGGACAGGUCUGUGGCACAGAAACACCCAGCUCAGCCCUGCCAGCGAAACCCUGGAGGCCUUAAGGAUGCUUUGCCCCCUCCUCCAUCCCUGCACUGUGUGCUGCGGGCUCAGCUGGGCAUCCCCUGUGCUGGUGUCACAGAAAACUGCACUGACGGUGGAAAUGUGAAGCUUUGCCUUCAUGGAGGAGAGGCUGCUGGAUUGUGAGAGCUGAAGCUGGACCAGCUGCUGUCCCGCAGGAGCAGAGUGACUCUGUGGACGUUGCAGGCUGACAGGACCUGUUCUGGGUGGGGGAAGAGUCCUCUGGAGGGUUGAUGAAGCAAAGCUCACCCACCUGGCCGAGCUCCCUUUCUCCCAAACUCAGGCUCCCCUCUCCCAGCCCUGCUUUCCCCCCUUUCCAAAGCUGUUCCCAUUCCCGAGGCCCUCGGAGUUUGCCCUGCAGCUGUGGGCACCGGGGGAUCUUGGUGCUUGUUUGUUUGCUGAAGCAUUUCAUGGCUGGGGGAGCUGGAAUCAGCUGCUCCUGAGGUCUUUACACUCCCUGUCCUUGCUGAGCCUCUGUCCCUGCGCUCCUGCCCUCUCUGCUGUCACCUCCUGUGCACAGGCAUCCUGUGCUGCUGUCCCCCCACUGCCAGGGCCACCAAGCACUUACCCACACCAGUUCCUUGCUACGCUGAGUCCUGAAGCAUCAGGAAAGAACUGCUGGGGAAAGAACAAGCCCUACAAUCCCCCAAGGGUGGAUUUUUCCCUUUGGUUUUGUGGUUUUGUUUCUCUACAUCGCCCGUGGGCUUGGGAGGUCAAAUGGGCUCCGCUCCUUCCCAGCUCCUGUGGGCCUUCCCUGGACUGUCUGUGUGUGCUGUGCAUGAGGCUGGGAGAGGGGGCAACCUGGUUUUACUGUUUUAUAUUAACACGUCCUUUUGUAAACCUGUUCUCGAAAUUAUUUUGUACCGAUUCACAUUUGUCUGAGGACUGUGGAUAUUUUUAUACUAGUGCAAGUGCUCUCUGUACAUUUCUGCACGCAUUAUACUGUGUUUUACUCCUUUCCUGGUGGAUGCUGAGAUGUUUUGUAUCGUCUUCUGUUGACACAACACUGGCCUUGUAAUUUUAUCUUACUAUGGAAAUCCAACUGGUUGAUACUGGGUUUUAUAUCGAGGCUCCUACGUGGUUUUGUGCCACAUUGGCACAACACAAGCUGCCUCCUGUUCUGGACAAUUUGUGUGACUUUCUGCUUACAGACAGCGGGAGGAAAGUUCAUCAAUGAGCAGGUUAAUUAAUGGGGGAAAUACAUCCCUUUGGAAAAGAAACGACGAUUUCUUUCUCCCCUGGACAUAGUUUCUCUGUUGCAUGGUCUCUAGUGAAGAGGGCAUGGCCUUGUGAUACUGAGAUCAAUUGUAUUUGAAUUGCAAACUUCUCACAAGCGUUUCAUUCUUCGGGUUUUACUCAUCGGUUUUAUUCCAGCAACAGCCACACAGCCAGGCUGGAGUUUCAUGGAGAAAAUUCUGAAGCUUUUCCAGGUCUGUUGUUGGCCGGCCUCAUGUCCUCCUCUGCUAUCCAGAGGAGCAGUUGCCUUUGGGAGGUUUCUCCCCCAUAAAAGCAAAACGUGUCAAUUUGAAAUGAGUCUUAA